AUGGUUAACGUCGGAAUUGUCGGAACAGGGAUUUUCGCUACAGACAAGCACUUGCCUACGAUUCAGUCAAUUGAUAACUUGAAGCCGUUCGCGGCUUACAACAGAACCAGAUCAAAGGCGGAGGUCUUUGCCAAAAAAGCGAACAUUGAUGAUGCACAUGUGUACAAUUCUGUCGAUGAACUUUUAAAAGACCCAGAAGUGGACUUUGUGGAUGCUUUGUUGCCAGUUCAAACAAACCUUGAAGUGAUUGAAGCAGCUAUCGACAAUCACAAGCCGAUUGUCGUUGAGAAGCCAAUUGCUGCCAAUAUGGAGCAAGCGAGAGAAAUCGUGAAACUUUCCAGAAACACUGACUUGCCUAUUGGUAUUUUGGAACAGUGGGCGUUUUUCAGCGCAAUUGACAAAGUCAAGGAUGUUUUGUCCAAGAUUGGAGAUGUGAUUUCCUUCACUUACAGAGCCACUGGCGCAUGGAACGCCAACAACAAAUACUUGUCUACUUCUUGGAGACAAAACCCACAGCACAUUGGAGGAUUUUUGAGUGAUGGAGGUGUCCAUCAGUUGGCCUUGCUCACGGAAAUUUUGGGUCCCGUCGAGUCUGUUGCUGGCCUCACCAAGCAAGUGAGAGAGGAGAGCGGUGCUGAUGAUAUACUAUUCUCUACUUUUAAAUUGGUCUCCGGUGCUAUCGGUACCUUCACAUACGGUUCUGCAUUUGGUGCUACUGAUAAGAGCACAAGCUUGAUCAUUUAUGGCACGGAAGGUUCUCUUGUCUACGAUUUUUCACCAGAAUUGAAGAAACCUACAAUCACUUAUCAGACAGGCGCCAACUCGCAGGAGGCCUCGAAGAAAACUGUUAUUGAGGUCGAUGAAGUCAAUGCUGUGGAGGAGGAAUUCAAGAAUUUUGCUCAGGCAGUGCAAGCAAAAUGA